CCAAGUUUACAGCUUGACUGGUUUACGAUUCGAGAGGAGAAAUCAUUACAGGAGCGGGAGUUUCACCCCAGAACUUUAAUUGUUUUAUCUCUCCUUUUUUUUUUUUUUAACCUUUUUCCAGCAGUUGCAGACUACGUAAUGAAAAAUAACAAAGUGCCCAUGCGCAAGGUUGUGCAACGAAGCACCCCACGACUGCCGGCAGGCGGUGUUAACAGUCGGCUAAGCGGCGCCCAGAGUCCUACUGCGCCUGUGCACCGGUGGCGUGCGCAGAGGCCUCUGGGUAGGUGGCUCAACCCCGCCUCUCAGUUGAGGAUUCUGAGGGCUGCAUCUGUGGCUACGCUCCAACGAGGAUGGCUACCCUGGUUGUAAACAAGCUUGGAGCGGGAGUAGACAGUGGCCGGCAGGGCAGCCGGGGGACAGCUGUAGUGAAGGUGCUAGAGUGUGGAGUUUGUGAAGACGUCUUUUCUUUGCAAGGAGACAAAGUUCCUCGACUUUUGCUUUGUGGCCAUACAGUCUGUCAUGACUGUCUCACUCGCCUGCCUCUUCAUGGAAGAGCAAUCCGUUGCCCAUUUGAUCGACAAGCAACAGACCUAGGAGAUUCAGGUGUCUGGGGAUUGAAAAAAAAUUUUGCCUUAUUGGAGCUUUUGGAACGACUGCAGAAUGGGCCUGUUGGUCAGUAUGGAGCUGCAGAAGAAUCCAUUGGGAUAUCUGGAGAGAGCAUCAUUCGUUGUGAUGAAGAUGAAGCUCACCUUGCAUCUGUAUAUUGCACUGUGUGUGCAACUCAUUUGUGCUCUGAGUGUUCUCAAGUUACUCAUUCUACAAAGACAUUAGCAAAGCACAGGCGAGUUCCUCUAGCUGAUAAACCUCAUGAGAAAACCAUGUGCUCUCAGCACCAAGUGCAUGCUAUUGAGUUUGUUUGCUUGGAAGAAGGUUGUCAAACUAGCCCACUCAUGUGCUGUGUCUGCAAAGAAUAUGGAAAACACCAAGGUCACAAGCAUUCAGUAUUGGAACCAGAAGCUAAUCAGAUCCGAGCAUCAAUUUUGGAUAUGGCUCACUGCAUACGGACCUUCACAGAGGAAAUCUCAGAUUAUUCCAGAAAAUUAGUUGGAAUUGUGCAGCACAUUGAAGGAGGAGAACAAAUCGUGGAAGAUGGAAUUGGAAUGGCUCACACUGAACAUGUACCAGGGACUGCAGAGAAUGCCCGGUCAUGUAUUCGAGCUUAUUUUUAUGAUCUGCAUGAAACUCUGUGUCGUCAAGAAGAAAUGGCUCUAAGUGUUGUUGAUGCUCAUGUUCGUGAAAAACUGAUUUGGCUCAAGCAGCAACAAGAAGAUAUGACUAUUUUGUUGUCUGAAGUUUCAGCAGCCUGCCUCCAUUGUGAAAAGACUUUGCAGCAGGAUGAUUGUAGAGUUGUCCUGGCAAAACAGGAAAUUACAAGGUUACUGGAAACAUUGCAGAAACAGCAGCAGCAGUUUACAGAGGUUGCAGAUCACAUUCAGUUGGAUGCCAGCAUCCCUGUCACUUUUACAAAGGAUAAUCGAGUUCACAUUGGACCAAAAAUGGAAAUUCGGGUCGUUACAUUAGGAUUGGAUGGUGCUGGGAAAACCACUAUCUUGUUUAAGUUAAAACAGGAUGAAUUCAUGCAGCCCAUUCCAACAAUUGGUUUUAAUGUGGAAACUGUAGAAUAUAAAAAUCUAAAAUUCACUAUUUGGGAUGUAGGUGGAAAACACAAAUUAAGACCAUUGUGGAAACAUUAUUACCUCAAUACUCAAGCUGUUGUGUUCGUUGUAGAUAGCAGCCAUAGAGACAGAAUUAGUGAAGCACACAGUGAACUUGCAAAGUUGUUAACGGAAAAAGAACUCCGAGAUGCUCUGCUCCUGAUUUUUGCUAACAAACAGGAUGUUGCUGGAGCACUAUCAGUAGAAGAAAUCACUGAACUACUCAGUCUUCAUAAAUUAUGCUGUGGCCGUAGCUGGUAUAUUCAGGGCUGUGAUGCUCGAAGUGUUUUUCAGAUUUUAUGUGACCAAUAUACUGGGAAAGAGGUAGUCACAGAGAAAGGGUAAGUGAAGGUUUAUUCUUUCAGUGAAAAAGAAUAGCCAGUUGAGUGCCUAAUAAGACCUCUCUGUAAAGCAAGUUAAGUAUAGCCUCUUCUUUAAUCUGCCUUUUCACUGAAGGUUGGCAGUAUUUAGUAGUAGAAAUGGCAGUUGCUUAAUGAAAUAGAAUCCAAACUACAUCUUUGGAUAAUAGGAUUACUUUACAUUUAUGUUCAGAGUUAACAGAACACCUUUAAUGCUAAGAACUAUAAGGUAUAUAAAAUUAAUAUUUUAUAUAGUGUUUUAUUAAAACUUUUUCCUAAAGCAUUUUGUAUAAAACAGUGAGACAGAAUUAAAUAUUACCUAAUUAGGCUUAUCAGAUUAGUAAUAGUAAUAAAACUGUGAAAGUAGUUGGAUCUUCAAUUAUGAAAGACCCAUUUCCAGGACUGAUGCUAGGCUUAUGUACAAUUUCCUAGGUUAGAGCUCUAAAUUGGUCCUUCUAUUUUUCAAUAUAUUUAAAGUAAUAUCUCUAAUAUAAUAUUGUAUCCUUUGUGGGAAUGACUGUAGGUAAAAUGUAGUAAGUUACACAGAACUAGGGGUGGCUUUAUGUAAAAGCUAGUGAUCUAAAUAGAAAACGAACUUUUCCUUAAGAGUUGUUUGUACAGUGGGGAAUGCUUAUUACUUCAAACUAUCUCCCAAAAUAAGUGCAUUUAUUUUGACAGUAAAACGUAAGGCUUUUCAUGACAAGGCCUUGAAAAGUCCACGUAAGAGGAAAAAUGUCUAAAGGAAAAAUAUUCCAAAAGUUUACAUUAAUUAUUCAGUGUUGUGAGUAAAUAAAAUUUUGUGCUCAUUAUGGUUUUUCAUUUUUAAAGGAUACACUCUUAUUAUGGAAGCACGAUUUAUUUAAAUAGGUACAUUGAGACUUUUUUUUUUUUAAAUGUUCUGAUACUUUAGGAAGAAGUUAAAUCUUAUCAGUUUAAUUGUUAUAAGGACAGCGAUGUCUCAUAACAAGGUGUGACUUUUAGGUAGCACUGUUUUUGUUCAGUCUUUUUAAAUCCAUUUUUAUUUGUUUAAAAACAUUAAAACUUUUAGAAAACAAAGCAUUAAGAAAAAGCCUAUCAGUGAUAUGGGCAAUGUGUAAAUAAGUAAAUAUAAUAUUUCAUCCUUUAUUUUUCAGGUAAAUGGUCAUGCUGUUACAAGUAUAGUUUGUGUGCAUAAAUAAUAUUUCUGAAUUAAGUUAUUUAAUAUUUGACUGAUUUCAAUAACUGAAAAAUAAAAAACGUGUUGCAUUGCUUGUGAGAACUUGAGCUGUUUUCUCUACUAGUUAAUUGAAGAAAAAAUGUGUAACACUAAGAUGAACUUGCUUCCCUUGUUAUUUCAUCAAUUUUGCUAAACUUUGUAAUGUACAUUCUUAGCAUAUAACUGAACACAUCUUAAAAAUUGUGCUUACACCUGAUUAUAAUGUAUAUAUUUAAUGGUAGAUGUUUGUGAUUCUUUUUUAAAGAAAUACUUUUCUCAAGCUCCCAUUACUAUUUGUGGUUGUAUUCUUUCACUAAUCAUUAGUUAAGAUUGUGCUAAUCUCCCCUGGGAAACUAAGACAGCUAUUUUAAACACAGUAUAUUAGAAUUUUCCUAGCAUCUCUGAAUUUCUGUAUUGUCUAAAUAUUACUGUAUGAUUAUAUAAAGCAGGUAUGUCAAGUGUAUAGCCCUGGUAUAUAAUUCAGGAAUGCUUUAUAACCAUCAGAAGCCAUUAUCUGCACUACAUAUAUGAUCAGUAUAGACAGCAAUAAAAUGUUAAGAUGAUUUUUAAGAAGUCCCAUCAUUAUUCUUAAAAGUCUUUCUUGAACCAUCUAUCUAGUAUUAUUGCCAGUAGUAACCAAUUUAAGAAGUCAUUAUUUGUGCUGUAGUUAAGAGAGAAAAUAAAACAAAAUAGGUAGAGAUUGACAUGCCCUUCAAAUUUGAGUUCAUUUGAUAAAGCAAAAUUUUAGAAAUAACAUUUUGAAUUUGCAACAUAGGCCACAUUUGCUGAUGAGAACAGAUACUAUACUUGGUCUUAACUAUACCUGAUAUUAGCCAAACGGCUGAGAAGUGAUGUGCGGGCCACAUUUAAAUAAUAUAACCAUAGUGUUUUGAAGGAGGAGCUACAGUUUUGCGUUGAACAAAGUGAAACUGUUAUUGCCAUUUAAAUUUUAAAUGUAAACUUGUUUCAUAAGAAAACAUAGCAUUUUAAAUGACCAUUGUAGAAAAUGGCUUGCAAAACUUAGCUGAAGCUCAUGAACUAAUAUUGCUAAGAGACGGACUUUUUAUGUAACAUUGGGAUACUUUUAAAUUGGCAAAGUGGUAACAGGGAAGACAGAUGUAUUCUUCCUAAAAGAAUAAAGAAUGAAAAGGACUAAUGAAUAAGAA